CUCUCCCACCGACUGCGACUUUGCUCUUUCUCGACACUAUCAUCACGCCCGCUAGCCCCUGUUUUCUACCAACAUGGACUUCAUAUUUUGUCUACCCAUCAUAUUCGGCUGCCCGACAAGGAUUAAGCCAGACGGUGAUCAAACGCCACGGGUUUGCCCCAGGUGUAACAACGCAUCCGUCACUUCUGCAAAAUCCCGCCUUUGGUUCGAGCUGUGCUGGGUACCCUUGAUCCCCAUGCGCUCAGAGCGUGUCUGGAUGUGUUCUAUAUGUCAGUGGAGGGUGCCAAUCCAGCCAGGGUGGGAGCCUGCUGUCCCUAAUUAUAACUUCCAACCUGGCCGGCCGAACCAGUGGCAGCCACCGCCGUCUGGGUAUAUGGCACCACCUCCGAAUGCAUAUCAGCCAGGGUACCAGCCAGGCUACACAAGCGAGACUACGGCUCAGAGUCCGAAGCCGCAAGCCUGAAAGCCUACCAUGCACUUGACUCCUAGAGUGUUUUAUGCGUCAUGUAUCCAUAUAUGUUUGCCCUGAAUCUGGACAUCUGUAUCUCUAUUGCUACCCAUAAAA